UCGUAGUAAUGAUAAUUCUGACUAUACUUCUAGAUUUGCUCAUUGUUCUAAUUUUUAAAAACUCUUAUAUGAUUGUUAUUUCUGAGUAUAUCUGUUUGUAAAUGUUAUUUUAGUUACGUGUUAUUUUUUUUAUUUUCGUUUAUUUGGAUGUAAUUAUUUUCAUAACCUAAACGUAUAGAUUGAGUGCGCCAUUUUGGUUUAUCCCUUGCACUUCUUGAGUUUUCGCACGUUUGUUGUGGUUCUUGUUUAAUGCGAAACUAAAAUUAAAUAAGGGCUGUUAUUUGGUUUUUGAAAUUAAAGGAAUUAUGCAUUCAAGGGCUACAUGGUUAAAAUUGAUUCUUAAAUUGCGCUAUUAUAUGCUUUUAGUUUGUGAUCAUAUCGUUGACAGUUUUAACGACGUUAACGAUUACAAGAGUUCAACUGACUUGUAGAUAUGCACAUAAAUUCAUACAUUCUAACUUUUAAAAUGGAGCAGGCGCGGCAGUGAAGCGAGGGCCGGGAACGCGCGGACCGUCGGGAUGGCCCAGAGCAAAGAGCCGUCGCUGCCCGUGGAGAAGUCGUUCGGCCCCGAGGAUGCCGGCUGCCUCGAGGAUGAAGCGGACGAGCACUGCCAGGCCUCGAAAGGUACGUUCAAGAUCGACAGCGCCAUCAGUUGCAAGUUCAGCAACGGCCGCAGCAGCGAGGAGGCAGAGCUCACCCCGUGGGACGGCGGGGACGGCGAGGAUGAAGGCUUCGACCUGGUCGCCAACAGCGAAGCGAACGGCUGGGACCCUCACGACAUGUUCUUGAAGAACAAGGUGGAGUACGGGGUGCGCACGUCGUUCCAGCCGUCGCUCGAGGGAUACACUGUGCAGCUGCAGAAGGAAGACACGCCAGAGUACAGGAACGCAGAGCAGAAGGCGACGGAGGUGGCCAACGAGAUCCUCAGCAACCCCCGGCGGAGGAGUCAGAUGGAGACGGUGAACGGCGAGGACGAGGAGGACUGCCACGCGGCGGUGGUGCGUGCCCAGAAGCCGGCGUACCAGCACGGCACGGGCAAGUAUCCCCCCGGGAACAAGACCAAGACCUUCAGGCCGACGCCGCCCUCCACGCCCCCGGAGUCCCUGAGGCGCACCACGUCUCCCGGCGGGCGGGGCUACGCCUCGCGCGGCUACCACCACGCGGCGCCGGCGCCGGCCCAGGGCCCCGGCUCCCGGGGCUACUACCCCCGCCACUACUACCACCCGCAGGGUCCCUACGACCCCGCGCGGGGCACCCCGCCGCCGCCGCCGCCGCCCGCCGGCCGGGUGUUCGGGCCCCGCCCCUGCGGCUACCACAACACCCAGCCCCCCGCCCCCCUGCAGGGACAGCUGCCCCCCCUGCCGCAGCGCGAGCCGCGCGUCAAUGGCUUGGAGAGGCGGCGCCACCAGCCGAACGCGCUACCGUCGCCGCCGGACGAAGUGUCUCCUCCCCCGGUGGAGCGGGAAGAGGACGGGAGGAAGGGACAGGACCCCGAGGGUGCCGGGCCGGGCUACCCCCAGCAGUACCCGCAGCUGCCGCGCCCGCACCCGGGCCAGCUGCGGCCGUACCGCGGCCCGCGGCCGGCCUGGCGCCCCCAGGUGCCGCGCUUCGCCCCGCAGCACGAGGCGUUCCAGCCGCCGCCGGCCGCAGUGCAGGUGCCUCUGAUGGCGGCCAGCGCCGAGGGCGCGGCCCCCGUCGGCGAGCUCGACGCCAACAAGCAGCGAGAGAUGGACGACAUGAAGAAGUUCAGCCAGGACUUCAAGCUGGCGGCCGGGGCCGGGGACCAGGAGGACGGCAAGGGGCAGUCCUGCCCCGCGCCGCCCCCGCCGCCCCCGGCCGCCCCCGCGGCGCCCGCCCCGCCCGAGCCGGCGGAGGACGUGGCCCCCGUCGCCGACGCCCUCAACAAGUCCACGCUCAACCCCAACGCCAAGGAGUUUGUCUACAACCCGGACCCGAAGCCCGUCGCCAGCGUGCUGAAUGACAGGGUGGGUGCUCAGCAGCCGCCCAGCACCCCCACCUCCCCGGGCCAGCGAACCCCGCAGUACACGCCCAGCCCAGGCGUGCCAACGCAGGUGAUGCCCCCGUACAUCGGUGGCCAGCGGGAGGCGAUGUUCGCGUACCAGAACAACUCCCGCACCACCAACAGGUUUCGCAGAUACCAGGGGCCCGGGGUGCAGCCACGGCCGACAGCCCUGCCCGUGCCGGCCGUGCACAUGGCCGCGGCGCCCGGGGGCCAGCCGCUGGUUCCCAUCCCGUCGGCCCUGCAGAUGCCCUUCCCGCUGCCCUACGGCCCGCAGCAGCUCAUCCCGGCGCAGCCCUACCAGCAGCUGGUGAGCGUGGUGGCGGACCACGGGGGGGCGGCGGGCAUGCUCCCCCUGCAGCCGGCGACCAUGGGCUACUUCCCGGAGCUGCAGCACCACCACCACCACCACCACCACCUCCCGGCCCAGCCCCCGGCGCCGCCCCCGCCCCCGCCGCCCCCGCAGGUGCUGUGCGCGCUGCCCGCCCAGCACUACCAGUUCCCCCCGCAGCAGCAGCAGCAGCAGCAGCAGCAUCAGCAUCAGCAGCAGCAGCAUCAGCAGCAUCAGCAGCAGCAGCAGCGCAGGCAGCAGCCGCCCCCGCCGCAGCACUACCAACACCACCACCACGAGGGCCAGCCCCCGCCGCCCGCCAUGGUGCCGUGGCUGCGCCCGGUGCUGCCGCCCUCCAUGCAGCCGCACCUCUUCCACCACCAGCACCCGCACCCGCACCACCACCAGCAGUGAGGGGUGGCUUUCACAUGCAGCAGCUUACGCGCACAUGAACACUUGUUAUCGCUUUUAAAAAGUUUCUGAGAAGAUUUCAAAGCUUCUACUCCUAGCUCCAGGGUUCGCUGUAGAGAGGGCAGAUUCUGUGUGAUUUUGUUAUUGUUCGCGUUUGAAAGUAUCGCUCUGCAUAAAGUGAUCGUUAAAAAUUGUGUAUACCGUUUGCUUCAGUUUUUUAUGCAGAGGAAAGACGUUUUGUUCUACUACUUUGCCAUCGCUGGGUUGCUGUUGAUACCGAGCAUCAGCAUGAUCUGAACGUUUUUGAAAGCAAUAGACAUGUGCUUGAUGUGCGGUGCUUUGGACGAACUGGGAAGGGUAGUUUGGGUUCAGCAUGUCAAUUAAAUUGGCAUACUACCUUAUUUCGAGCACAACAGUAAGUUUGAAUGCAUUUCACACAACUUCUAUUUUUAAAAUUUUGAAAACAAUAAAUAAAUACAGUUUACCAACAGGGCAUACUAGUAACAUCAACAGAUUAUCACAGUAAAAAAUUAUUUAUAUUUCCAUUAUCUGACUUCUCUUAAUCUGCAGGUCUUCUAUUUUGUACACUCAGUGAGGGAGUUCAAAAUCGCCUGUAAUUUCACCGUGGUAAUAGUUUUUGAAAUUCAGAGUAAUAAAAAAUUAUAAAAAAAAUAUUUAUGGUGCAGUAAAUUUAAAUGCCGGAAUAAUUAAUCAUUUGUAAUUUUUUUUCAAGCCAUCAGUGUGAAUGAAAAUACUUUCUUUCUUAAUGAAGGUUCAAUGAAAGUGGUUUUCAGAAUGUCUGUGGUGAUAUCAGUGUUGGCCGAUUCCUCUGUCCCCUCCCCUCUUUACCCUCUGUUACUCUUCAUUCUUUUCUUUUGCUUUGUGAACAUUGAACAGCAGAGCCUGGGCUGCAAACAAAAAUCUCUUUCAGAUUAACUUUUUUUGCUGGUUUAAGGGGCCCGCCUCGUCAGGAGUGUAUCUGUGUCAGUGAGGCGAGGUGAUGAGCGCGACGCUCGCUGAUGCUUCUAGCGCGGUGUCUCCUUUGAACUGGCGUGCAGUCUUCUCGUCGUCACAGGACAACUGUGAAAUUCAAGCGGUGACCGUAACAUUAUAUGGCGGAGAAAUGAAGAUAAAUGAGUGAUGCAAGUCCCUUAAGUGCUUUCAAGAAUCUGUACUAGUUGUUUUACGCCUAAAAAUUACUCUGAUAUACUCAGCCAUUUUAACUCUUCUAAAAUAGUUUAAAAACUUAAUCAGAAUUUAAAAGUACUUUUCAGCCCUCAGUGAAUUCUUAAAUGCUUUUCGUAAACAGACCCCACUCUGAUAUCUUGAGUAGUUUUGAAAUUGUGUUGUUUUUCCUGAAGCUCUGCACAUCGUAUGUGCGCCCAGGUAGGCAGAGCUCUUAAGUGGUAUUUAAAUUCACUCGCCAGAAAUGAUCUGGCAAACACUCAAAACUUUACACAUUUAUAAAGAAAUGGAAAUCUUGAUUGGUAGUAUCGGUGUCAAGCAUUCAAAAUUAUUUUCCUAGAUGCUGUUGGUACCAUCAAUAUCUGCCGAUACUGUGGUAUCGGGAUGAUCAUUAGACCUAGCCCUAGUUUUCAGCACUAUUUGAUAUAGUGUCGCAGAUGUGUGGUAUUUGAUUAUUUAAGUUUUAGCUUGUUAUCGAAUAGGCACAGUUUUUCUCAGGUUGUAGCUACCAUAUCCAACUCCAAACUAGACAAAGAUUUUUGCAUACUCGGAGCUUAAAAAAUUCAAAUUUGUCUUCAAUUCAUAAUGUUGGUGUAUUUUUCCUGCUUGCCACUUGAAUUUAAUGCCGAUGUCAAGUACUAUUUUUCUAACUUAUGUCAACAAUAUCUGUGGUAUAAUUAAAUAAAGUUAAUUUACAUGUGUUUAAAUUCAUACAAGAUAAAUAGGUAAAGAUGAGUUGAAAAAAGAAUAAAAAUCCAUUUAUUUAUUUUCAUCAAUAACCAAAUUUGUAUUUUAUGCAGAGGCAUUGCAGUCUUGUAGUGUAAAUAUGGUACUAUAACUGUAAAAUAAACAAAGAAAUUUACUCAUUUUCAUCAAAAUUAAUUCAAGAAUAUGUUUAAGUAGGCUAAAAGAAAACAGAAACCACUUUAUUAGAGAUUCAGGUGUGCUUUAUAUUAAAGUAUUAAAAUGGUGCAGUAUUAAAGUGAGGUUAGAAAUGUUGACUGUAAUUACCAGGAUUUAAUUAUGUUUUUUUUUCUUCAUAUUUGCACUUUAUUUGUUACAAAAAAAUAUAUCUAAGUUCUUUAAAAAUAUUUCUACAAUUCCCAAAUUACGUGACUCAAAAAAAAAUUGGUGUGGGUAGCAUCACUUCUAUACCACAAUUUGUUUUGCAUGAAAACGUCUGUCGUGGACCAUCAGGUAUAAUUUAAGAGGAAAGAAAUUAAGUUUUUUAUGAAUGUAUUUAUUUAAAUUUUUUCCAGUUAAUUUAAAAAGAUAUUUUACAUUUAUCUAACUUUCCACCUGAUAACACAACCACUGCUGAAUUUCGCACGUAGCCGCUCAAGUAGGUCGACUUAUGCACAAUGUUAACAUUUCAAAUUCGUUUUAAAGGCAUAAUCGUCGUGGAGUUACCUGGUCGGGCAGUGUAUCAUGGACUGAACGUCUGCGGGCACAUUUAUCACUUGCCCCACAAUACUGUAGCUUCCCUAAUGGCGUAAACAAUGUAUUUUCAUAUAAUGAAUUCUCUGCUAGAUCAGUCGUUCCGUUGUCGGAUCAAGCUUGUGUAGAUGAACGAGCUCGGGUGGAUAGACGUAGCCGUUGGUUCUGCUAAUUGUCGGAAUGUUGCCUGUUUUGCACAAUUUGAGACAGUUGUUGCAGAGCUGAAAGUUGACCACAUGUUCACCGGGAAAGUAUAUGGCAAUAAAGGCUGCCACAGUCGUAUUCAUCAGCUUGAGAUCUUUCUUGAACCAUAAUUUAUCGCAUAUGCUGCACACGUUACUCGAAUUCAUUCCCUAUAAAAUGGCACCUAAAAUGAUUAUCAGCACGCUGCCAGAGCGUACGAUAGUGGUCCGGACACUCGUAUAGAAUGAGUUCACUUGGCUGUAGACUUGUUUCAGAAUCCCUAAGAAUAUGAGGUUUCAUAUUUCCCCGCGUAGCAGCUUGAGGUAUUUCAUUUGCAUAGUUUUCAUCCAUCUGUAUCAGGUCUGCACAGUUUGAGUUGAUUUCAGCCGUCCUAGCCUCUGUGCUGGUCGACACAAAUGUAGUCUCUGCAACAGCGCCCAAUGCUUCAAGUCUACAGCAAUCACGAAGGUGCCUCACUUGUUCUGUUGAUAAGUUCUGGUGCUAUGAUUCAGUAAGAACCGGCGUGAGCGCAUGAGCCCUUUCCCACCGCCUCUGGUGCUGAAUUCUUCUGUAAUUUUUUGGCAUCACCUGAAACAAGCAAUUUUAGAAUGUUUUGUAAACUAUUUCAACUUUUUACUCGACAACUUAUUUUUUUUCUGCCUAGGUAACCUUUUUGAGCACUACUCGUGUAACCCUUUCCGUUGCAGAGUUAUGAUUAAUUCUUUAUUUGCGCAGAGUUAAUUUCGAGGCCAUCUUUCAACCCCUCCUCCCUGCUCAAUGACGUGGGCACACAAUGGCGUAAGUGUACAUACUAACAGGCAACGUACAAUUGUCUAUUUUCAGAAUAUAUACAACACUUGGCGAUACAACCCUUCAGUCACGAGAGAUAUUAAAAUUUUUGGCAACAACAAAAGUAUUUCAUCAUUUCCUCUGGAGGGACCUUAGUAUGGAAGCCUUUUUAAAAAUUUUCUCAUGUUAAAAUAAAAUUCUCCUGAUUAAAGAGUAAACUUAACCCUCAUCUUGCAUUUGAGUCGCCUUGUAUUCAGAUAAAUGGGGUAUGUGAGAGUUGCAUAUACUUGAUAAGCAGCUGGUAGCAGUUUAGAAUGUCACAAGCUCAGUUGAGGAAAGGGAGCUAACUAUGCUACAAGAACUGAGCCCUUGUGGUUGGCAUACACUCAGAUAAGUAGAAGAGAAUCGCUUGCCGUACUACCUAGAAGAAUUUUAGGAACUAGUAGUUAUAAAGCAAACUCUGAAAAUAUUGUAUUUUGAUCCAGUCAAAAUUCAUGGAAUAUGUGUUAUCAUAAGUUUUUAGAGUUCAUGGAAAAAAUUUGAAUUUUUCUGCUCAAAGCCUAUGUUACUUAUUUUUUUAAAUUUAAAUUCUGUGGUUUAUUUAUGGGGUUCUUUUUUCCAUUAAUCUACCUUGGAAAUUUAGCCAUGUAUUUAUGCUACUGUACUAAGCCCUUAAAUGUCUUGUCUCUUAGGACUAAAAUUACAAAGCUCAAAAAGCAAAAUUAAUGUUUGAAACUGCUCUGUUAAGUCAUGUGCUGUAGAGUAAUACUGUUGUCUGGCCUACUUCAUUUCAAAUAAAAUAUUUUAAUUAAAUAUAUAAUAAACAUUUAAGAUUGUGCAGUUACUAUUUUUUUUGUUAUAGACAUGAACUAAAAUUAUUUAUCUUGCAACAAUCAUUGAAAUAUGCAAGACAGGAUUGUAGAACUUAUCUCACCCAGUUCUGUUACGUGAUGUUUGGACUCAUACCGUAAAUAACUAAUCUUUAAAUACGCAAAUGUUAUUUGAUGGUGUAUGUUUAUCUUUAUUUAAUGUAGAUAUUGUUCAUUUCCAAUAGAAAUUAGUACUAUGUGAGAAUGGAAUUUUCAAUUUGGGAAAUUUUCUGGCAGGAAUUAAUGUCACCAUGUUGAAGUUUAGACUCAUAGGGGUAGCUUGGGGCAUUGUCUAGCAAUACAGUUGCAUGGGGUGGUAAGUUUUUUUGAUUUCAAAUAUUUUUUGACAGCCGGAACAAAUGCAUCCAAAAACCAUUCUUUAAACAAAUUACCAGUCAAGUACUUUUUUUGAGCUUUGAAACAAACAGGAAGUGCUGACAUGUUUUAUGUUUUUGAAGGCUCUUGGUUUCUUAGAUUUGCCAUUUAGAAACAAGGGCAAUUUGUAGCCGUCACUUGCAUUGCUGCAUGUUGCAAUGGUCGGCCUGUCCUUUGCUAGUUCGUGCCUAUGACUUUCAUUCUUUGAGGGAGUAUUUAAUAGUUUAGCCCCAUCUCAUCAGUGUUCUAUAAUUGAUCAGCUACAAGUUUAUUUUCUGAGACUUUUUUUUUCUUUAAAUUUUACAACAAACUCCCUACAUGCAUCAUUAUCAGCAGAAAGUUUUUUUUUACCUGAAAUAGCAAGUUGCCUAAUGCCAUGAAGAUUUUUCCACCGGUGAAGCCAUUCUUCACUUUCUUGGAGUUCGUCUGCUUCACCCCUUAGUUUUUGGUGCAACUAAAAAGGUUUUUCUUUUAUGAUAGGGCCUGAAAAUAGGGUCUCCUUACAUCUUUCCCGGUUAAACCAAACCCACAUGGCGUCAUCCAAGAGCAUAAUUUUUGGUUUUUUUCAAUGGUUUUCUGGUUUUUAAAGCAUUUUCUCCAUUUGCAGUUAACGAAAUAGCUUCCAAGAUAUUUUCGGUUCUUUUUCUAGUCUUCAAUGAUUGCCACUCACCCAUCCAUUUCAGAGGCUUAUUUAGUAACUGACUCACCUUGUCAGUCUUUGCAGAACACUUAGUUUCUGUUUGUUUGUGCACACAACACGUUUCCUUUUCUUAUUUGUAGCAAUUUUUAGUCUCACAGAAUCCCUUAAACUUCUUGAUCACAACUUAAUGAAUUGAGCAUGCGUGGGGAGCGUGACUUAUACGUAAAAUAAAUGGGUGGACACAUGGUGGGAUAAUCUGAGGAGUUGGUUAAUCGAAGGUCUGAUAAUCAAGGUUCUAGUUUGUAUUAAUACUAAGUGGAAGUCUAUCCCACGAAUGAGUGCACUUACUGAUAAAUAGGGCCAUGCAGAUUUCGCGAAAAGAUUCCGAGAUUAGUUAUAAGUUAAAACACUGUAGCAUCGCCUGUGUUUCGUGAUUGGGUGAAUUUCUUUCAGGCGCAUGCCGAUUGUUACAACACCAAUCACAGUAAUUCAGUGCGGAAGCAAACCCAUCCUGAGUGGCUCGGUCAAAAAAAGAAACGACUUCUCUUGCAGACGGCCGCCAAUCACAAGGAAGAAACCUCUGGUGCGGGUAUACCUUGUUGCAGUCUAAAGGCGUUCAGAUUUAUUCGCGAAAAUUGCCUGCCCCUACUGAUAAAUGAAGUUGGGUUUGUCGACAUUGUCACUCAAAAUGGUUUGUUGGGGGGAGGGGGGAGGUGUGGAUGAGUUUGAAAGUGGCUCACAGCAACAUCUGUCACGUUUCGAGCUUGCGAAACAUGUGAGCUGCCUUUGAGCGCACUUCAGGUUUGUGGGAGGCGGGUAAUAUGCCCCCCCUCAGCCAUCGUGACCAUUAGUGCAUUAGUUUGAGAUCUAGUAUGAGUGAGUUAAGUUCUGCAAGUAAAAAUUUUUAGAAUUAUAAUUGAAUAAUUGCAUAUUUGGCUUAACAUUUUGGAUAGCUUCAUUAGCUGUCUUAACUUGCCUGUAACACAACAUAAACUCUUUCUGUCAGAAAUUUUGAGUUAUUUUCUGAAACAUGAUAAAAACAUGCUUUUAUAUGUAAAAGAUAAUACAAACAAAAAUUAUUGAAACUAUUUUUUUUUUAAUGUAUUUUAUCAGUACAAUCAGCAAAAAUUUUUCCAUCUUUAAAGUUUGUUCUGGUUUAUAAUUUUCUUUCAUUUUACAUUACUCUAUUGUGGUUCCAUAUAAGGUUUAUACUGUUCAUAUUUCUCUCUUUUUAUCAUACUCUUUUUGGCAACAGUUUUUCUUGGAUUCCUCUGAAAUACAAAAAAAUAAGUUGCACUGUUUAUUUAAAAUCUAUUUGAAAUAAAAAUUACAUUUUUGUGAGUAAUUAUAUAUUUGUUUUGAAGUGAAAAAAAACUGCAAUCACAGAAGCCUAUGAGUGAGUUCGGUCGAGCCAACUUCAGUCACUACUGGUGCCACGCAUCAGUCCGUGGUGAGCCGUGCAGUGGUGCCUCAGUACACUGUAGUCAGGCUGUGAAUAAAUGUAAUUUUAAGACCUACGAAGUUACUUAGCGGUAAAAGACCUACUCGUAUAACUGAAUUUCUAAUAUUUUUUCUGUCAUGCUUCAAAAUCACCAUCUUUAAUUUUAUUCUUUCUCUGUAAUAUGGUUGGUGUUCCUAUAUUGUGCCUCUUUUAAGACAUUCGUGGAAAAUUCAAUGGUUAGAUCAUGGAGAUAUUAAUCAAUGGAGUUUAUGAGGGCUUUCUUGUUAGUGACUGGUUAGCAAAACAAACUAGCUGUAUAAAGGCAAAUGCUUGAAAUGUAUUUAAUAGCCUGAAAAAUAACUCUGUAUUAAGAAUUGUAAAAAUUGCCAUCAUGAAAAGUCAGAUAUAUAUCAGAUAUCCCUCAAACUCUACUUUAAAAUCUUUAAAGAGCUUUUUCUCUCUUCCUAGGGCCCACUCAGGUGAGAGAUUUUAGGACGUUGAAAGGGACCCCUACCAGCUUCUAAUCACUCAGUUUAAGCCAAAUCCGUAAGUCCUUAUGAAGCUUUAUAACUUAAAAUACAAUCUUUUGGAUACACAUAUUUUUAAUUACUAUUCAGCAAUGGCUUCAGCCUUCAAUUGAUAAUGUGGUUUAAUAGUAUUAACGCUAGUCCUUUCUUUUCAUAACCUAAUCUCGGUCCUUUGCUGUUUUGUUGUAUGUUCUUCAGGAAAUUGUGUGAAUUUUUUUUUGUCUGAAAUUGCUUGUUCAGUCACUCAAAGGAUGGAUUUUCAGCUGAUAAUACAGAAGCACCUUCCUAAGGAGCUUCCUACAUCAUUAUUUUUUUUGCAAGUUAGUAAAUAGUUAACUAUUUAUUUGUGUGUGUUGACAGUAUAUUUAAUGUGCUGUCUAUGCAGUUUAGUUUGCUACUUGUUUCUUUAUUUCUCUGCCCUUACUUUUUUUUUACAUUUACUUAUCUUAUUUUUUUCUUGGUUCCAAUGCGUCUUUACCUGGGGUUCUGUUUGUAAACAGCAAAUUACAGUCACCAAGUGAAUUGAAACAUGAAGUUGUGUGUGUUCAAAGCUUCUGGUUUGCUGUUGGUGCUCGUUGACUUGAAUGUGUCUCGUAUCACGUGUCUGUACUUCCAGGGUUUGACCGGUGCUCUGUCGAUGCCAGAGGGUGGCGGGAAUGAUCACAAGGGGCAGGAGGCGGUGCUUGAGGGGUAGGGGGAGUGUUCGGCGAGUGGGUUAGCGGUGCGGACGUGCGAGAUAGACUCUCGAGGCGCGGACUGCGACGGUGCUCUGCCCCGGUGCGAGUGUUGUGAGCGGCGGGUGUGAGGGGGACCCCGGAGAUCCAGAUGAUGUUCGCAGGGACUGAUGCCAUGUGGUCACGCUCGUAAAAUUACAACUUUCCUUUCAUAUCUGUUGAUUUUUACUAUAUUUUGUAACUAGUGUUUUUGAAACUGUCAUUUCUGUUUGUCAUUGUCUGCUUUCCAGCACGUUUUUCUUGCAGAAAGUGCUAUUAAAAAAAUUUUUAAUUCAUGAUUUUAGGUAAAAAAAAAUUUUUUACUUUUAAGUCUGGUGUUUUUUAGUUUUUAAGAAAACUGUUUAAAGACCCUAAUAUAUUUUCUGUGGAAUUGGCAAUGCUUAUACAUAUUUUUAAAAGUAAUUUUUUUUAACAUGUACUGACUUAUUGUUGUUACAGUCAUUGGCAAGUAGCAAUGUUUUAACUUUUAUUGAAAAUAAUUGUUUUCCUGAGAAAGUAAAACUGCAAUAAUAAGUACCAUGAUCUGUAUGUGUGGUAAUCUUGUGUGAUAAAGAGUUUAAAGACCUAAUUUGCUCAAAUUUUCCUCUUGACUGUGCUUGUUUCAGCCAUUCCAGUAGAACUUUAUGAAUAUUUGCAUUCCAUUCAUGAUUGAGCUUCCUUACACUAUGUAGUAGCUUUUGCUAAUGUUACUUAUGUUAUUUUUUAAAAUAAAUUUUGUUGAUUUAUUUUAAAUUGUUAUUUGUUGUACAGUUCACAUUGACAUGUGUUGUCUGCUACUUUCCAAUUAUUGUAUUGCAGUACAUUUGAGACGGAAGGCUCACAUGAAUCGGGAAGCAGAACAGUCAUUAGUUCAUUCUGUUAUUUAAUUCAUGCCUCAAAUUAAAGGUUGAUUGUUCUUAGGAUAUUAUUUUGGUUAUUUGUGAGCUAACUUUGCUGAUUUUAGCAUGCAGAGUUCCAGUUUGAUUAAAUUCUGUCUGAAAGACUUGGCGAGAUUUUAAAAUAACUAGGUAUUUCCUCAGCUGAAAUGUAUCUGCUAAUCAAUACUACAGAAGUUUCCUAGAUAAUGCAGUUUUUAUUUGGAAAGUGUGUACAUGACUUCUUAGUGUAUGUGGCCCUGAAAAAAAGACAUGUAAUUUGAGCAAACCUAUUAUCUGGCAAAAUGUGAGAGAUAUAUUAUUUUUUUGGUAAAAAUUCAUUGGCAGUAUUCUCAAACCUAGUAUCACCUAUGAAAACAUCUGGACCAUAAUAUCAUGUAAAAAGAUUAUUGUGCAUCAUUUUAUUUCUUAUUGAGUUAGUUUUGAACUACAUCAAUCAAGAGGUUGCAAACUCCCAAUGUUUCUUAAAAGAUUUCAUUUUGAUCUGUUUGUUCAAGUCAAGGUAUAGGUUUGAAUGUUAUCUAGCUGAUAAGAGCCAGAUAGAAGUGUGCAGUUAAGAUUCAAACUAUGUACAGUAUUAAGUUUUUAGAUUUUCCAUGUUUGAAAAAUGAUUUUAGUUGGUUUUGAAUGUCAGGCAAGGUAUUAUCGUGAUUUUUAUGAUUAUUUUGAGGUCAAAAUAUGUGGGGUUGGUGCUAUCAUGACUUGUAUUCGCAUACAGUGAAAUACCGUGGUAUUUAUUUUUACCCGUAGUUGACAUUUUUUUUAGGCCCCAAUUACAUAUCAUGAAAAUGUAAUACAAUUACUUCCCCUCUAAUUACAUCGCAAAAAUUACUUUCUUCCUGCCAUUCACCUCUCGUAAACAAUGUAAGAACUGGUUUUUAUUAGCUCAAAACUCAUUUCAAACAUCCUCACGCAUUCAGAUUUCCCAUCAAAUAUGAUCUAAUGUUUCUGUCCCGCCAUUUUCUCCAUACAAUGUAUGAUUGUACGUCAUUAUUUCUCAUGUUAAAGUUGCCCAAAAACUAGGUUACUUUUUUUUUUUCAUUGAAAUCCAUUAUUUUGUAGGAAAUUUCCAUCUACUUAUUUAAUUGACAGGAAUGCAACAUUUUGGGAAGUGUAAAUUGUCUUUCAGACACAUUUUCCGUUAUCAGUUCCAUCACCGCUGUGUAGCACACGUGAAAAUUUAGCCAGUGCCGAGUUGAUACAAAGUAAUAUUUUAGUUUGAUAAUAUUUGUUUGAGAUGUAAAUUCUCUUUUGGAAGCUUUUUAAUCACCUCAAUUUUUUGUAUGUUUUUUCAAACCUUAUAAUACAAGUAAGAAUUAAUUAAAUUAAUAAUAAAUCUAAACAUUUUGUUGUUUUUUAUGUACUGUAUUUUGGGCAUGGCUUGAGUAGCAUAGUGUAUUAUUCGGACACAUAUAUUAGAUAAGUUCUAGAGUUUUCCCUCAGUUUGCACUUUUCCGUAAUUUACAUUUUUUCUUUGCUCCCACUGAAAAAUGUAAAUAAUGGGGUUUUGCUGUAGUUUACUUUUAACGUAACCAAAUAUAUUUUUCCAGAAAAAUUAUGAUUGAGACACUGCCGUAAGCGUGGAUUGCACAAAUCUCUUUCAGAUGGAGUGGGUUAUGCAUCUUGUUUUAGUACUACUCACUGUCUUCAUCUCAACCAUAGAACUAUUGUUUGGCCAAACUAAGCUGAAAUUUCCUCAUGUUCAAAGGAAACGUGUAUCAGUGUGUUGAAUUACAAGGGGUUUUACUUACGUUUAUUUUCUUUGUAAGCCAGAAUCUUUAAUCCUUAUGAAAUGUUCAGAAAUGAUAUAUAACUUCUUUCAUGAUAUUUUUCUUCUUAUUUUUGUCUUGAAUUUUCUCCAAAAAAAAAAAAUGUUUUUGUCGGGUAUGCUAGACAAGCUGGUCUGCGUAGGUGAACACACAUGCCUGCAGUGAUACUUGGCUGGCUAUAAGCAGUUCUUAUUCGUGUCUCCCCCUGGGUUGUCCAACUUGUAUCUACAAAUACCAACCUUUGAGUACUUGUUUCCCACCCUAUACUCUUAAAUUUUAAUUUAUGUAAAAUGAGCGAAAAUUUUAUAAUGUUUCCAUUUUGUAAUGUGUGUUUUUUUUUUAUUAUAAUUUUGGUUAGUCUUGGACAUUUUACUAUUUGUUUUAUAUUUUUGUAACAAAUAUAUGCAUUCAUACUCUACUUGUGGAAAAGAACUCUGCGAUUUGAAGCUGAGGUAAUCUUUAUGUUGAAAAUGACCUGUGUGUAUCAUUAAUGCUGUUUUUUUGAACAAUGUGAUUCUUAGUGACAUGAAAUAGGAAAAUAGUAAUAGGCAAGUAUUCCAUUCAACUGGAAGGAAAAUGAAUAUGAAUACCAUCACCUGUCACUUAAAAAAUUGUUUAGUAAUUAUGUAAUCACAUAGUCUUUUAGAGGUGCAUAUUGUACAAAAGUCCUCAUAGCAAUUUAAAAGUGAUUAUAAUGGAAUUAAGUAGUAUUUGCUCUUUAUCAGCAGCAGGUAUGGAUUUUGAGUGUGAAAAAAAAAAGUUCAUUUCUGGAGCAUAUGUGUAUUCUGUUACCAGCAUUGACUUGAUUAGGGAAUUACUGUACUCACUAUGAUAAUGAAAUUACUGAAUUUGCAGCUAAAUGUAGUUGUAGAUACAGAAGGUUUAAAAAAAAAAAAAAAAAUCCUUAUGCAUAUAUUAGAGGGCUGUUGCAUGGGAUUAUUUCUCAACCUCUGUGAUCAAAAUUACAGUGUACUGAGUGGUAUACAUGAAAUAUUGUACUCCUAUGAACAUUUAAGUUUUUGGAUCAAGCGUAAUUAAUGUACAGUAUGUUGUAGGGGUGAUAAAGUUUUUUUUUAGGGUCUGAAUCAAAAUUUGAAUUUAAAAGUAAAUAAUCUUUUAAUGUUAAAUUUAAUUUAAUUUUAAGGCAUAGUAAAAAAUUUACUACUGACUGACUACUUGGACAAAUUUAUUUAAGUAAAUGAAAUGUGGCCAUAUAAAAAUAUUAAAUUGGCAGUGUCAGCUAUGUGCACGUAUUCAUUCUUUUUUUUUAAUUUUUUUUUUUUUGCAAAUUUUGCACACUCUUUUCAUAGUUUGUUUACUAAAUGAAGCUAAGUAUUUUUACUGUUAGUGAUAUUGAUUUUUUAGAACACUAAAACUUUUGGUCAUUUUUAGAAAUGUCUACAUAAAUGCUUUUAAAAACUUUGGUGUUCCCUUCAGUUUUGAACAAUAUGCAACAUAUUUUAAAUUUAAAUGGUUUUGCCAUUGUUAACUUUGUUCCUCUGUAUUUUUUUUUCUUAAAGUUAGAGAAACUUUAUAAAUGUUGGUAAUAUCUGUGCUUGUGGACGGGCAGAUCUAACAUAUAGACUUCUGGGGGAGGCAUCGGGAGUCUAGACCUAGUAUAGUACCGGUUUAUUUCCUCAGUAGUACUAUUACCCCGUGCAAAUCCUGUUGGCUGGAUCCACUCUUGCUUGUGGAAUAUGUAUGUUACAUUUUCAAUAAAGUUGCGUUAGUUAGGGAUUCUUUUAUAAUUGCUACAAUUGACAUUUUUUUCUUGCAGUACAUUAUAAGUGUGUUAACUGAGCAACAUUAUGCUCACAAGAUCAUAAUUUUCUUCCCAAGUUCAGUUUGUUUCACUGGCUUGUACGUUCAUUGGCUAAAGUGUUGCACGUGUUUGCUAACGUAGAGCAGAAGUUUUGUAGAAACUAUUUUGGCUCUGUUUUUGAGUAUUUAUGUAUUGUGCCAUUAGUGUAGGGGUGUGCGGAGAUGUUUUGUUUCAGUUCCAAUGGAAGUCAAAAUUCACAUAAAUAUUUUGUUACGUUAUGAAAAUUCCAUAUAUACAACUUUUGAGUGCUUAAGUGAGUGUUCUGUCAGUACAUUCUGCAUAUCACACACUGAAUAAAAAAAAUGUGGGAAACAUUUAGCAUGGUAGAUGCAAAUGCUGUUGCAUGUAAUUAAAUAGCAAAAAUUAUAAAAACAAAAAAAAAUCAUGAUAGUGAGAUUAACUUACUUAGCAAUAUUUUACAUGUGAAAACAUUACAGUUAUUGCCUUUGAAUAAGCAUAUUUUCAAAAGACUCUCUUUGCUGUUGUGCAAAUCCUGAAAAACCUUGUUAGGAAAUUUGCUUAGUCUCUGUCAAUUAUAUAAGUUUAAAGCAUUACCUAAAUAAAUAUAAACAGUGUUAAAAUUUGGUAUGAAGAAUUUUGCCAGUUCUUUUGCUUUUAUUUGUGUACAGAGAUUACAGAUCAUAUGAACAAAACAAUUUUGACAGUUACGUAUACUUGGCAGAAUCUUACUCUUCUAAACGUCUGUGUUGUUUUUCUGUAGACUGGAUAGGUUCAUUCCUGAUAGAACCCCAUAACGUAAGGGUAGUUCUGUCCUCUGACAUGUGUUUCCCAGGCACCUGCUGUUGUGUGUAGUACAAGGAUUCUCCUUCGUUAGUUGGACUCUUAUCCCCCUUCAGAUGAGGCAUCCAGUUGGGAGAAAGAGAAAGGGAGAGAGGGAGAAAUAGCUGUGUCUGAAGUUAAGAGACAUAGUUAGUUAUUUGUGUAUCAUUUAUAGGAUAAGCAUUUGGAAGCAAUUCAUUUCCAUCUGUUCCUGUUGCAGGGUCUUACAAAUGUAAAUCUGGUUCUGUUAGGUAAUACAGUGCAAAUGACAGAGACAAGCAAAUUUACACCACUAGUUUAGUAUCUUUUAACAUUUGUGGGUUAUAUUUAGAUUUAUUAACUAGAGGAGGAAAUUAGAAGAUAGUAAAAGCUUAUCACAUUCCUUUGUUUUUUUCCGAUGCCUCCACGCUUGUGAAAGGUGCCAACAAUUUUUUUUCUCAUUGCAAUAUGUCUGUCAUUCAGGUGAGAGAAGAUACAUAUUUGUCAAAAGAUAAAUAUUGCAGGCAGUAAUUUUUAGACUUCAGAACCUUCAAGAUUUUCGAAUAUACCCAAAGUAAAAAAAAAAAAAAAAUUGUUAAAAUAAACUUUGAUUUUUUAAAGCUUCGCACACCCUUACAUCGGUGAAACAGUGUGUGCAGUUGGACGGUGAAAUUAUAAGCACAACAGGGUGUCCACAUUCUGGAAAGUCUGGACAUUUGAAAUUGGUCAGGGAAAGUCAGGGAUUCACUACUUUAAAAUCUGGAAAAGUUGAAGAAAUUCCUCAGUGGUAGUAAUUUCAUUUUGAGGGAUUCAUGUCAUGCUCCGGUAUGCCAUCUCCCAGACUUUGAGCACAAUUUUUUUUCCAGGAGGUAAUUAUGUGCAUGAUCAUACACACUGUAAAAAUGGUGUGUACAAGUUGUUGUUUGAACUAUGUCAACUAAUUUCUAAUUUGAGAAAAUUGCGAAAUAGGUUAAUUAUUUUAGAAAAUACAUCAGGAAAGUUUGUAAUUUUGAUCAUGGAAAGUCGUGGAAAUUUUUGUACACGUGUCUGUGGCCACCCUGGAACAUUGUCAUGUUUCAUGAUAAUGCUGGCAAAGCAGUGUGGAUUUUUGUUACACUUAACUUCAGAAACUGGUCAUCAUCAUCAUUAGUUGUAUUGUGUUUAUGUUUACAUGUAUGGUCUUCAAUAAUAGAAAUGUUUUAAACACAUUUUUUUGCUCUUCAUAAUUGGGUUUUUAAGUUUCAGUAUGUUUGAUGCUUCCAGAGUGUGAAAUAAUAACUUUUUGGAGGGGAAUAUACAACCUUUCACAUGAGAUGAAAAAAAAACCACUAUCAGUACGUAGUAGAAUGUAAGGUAUUUCCGAGAUGUUUGUAGGAGUGUUUUUCAUAAUGUGUUUUUGGCAUUGUUUGGGCAAGGUUGCAGUGGUGAUGGUGUUUCUGUUCUGCUGUCCCGAGAAACUAUGGCCUGCCACGUCCGAGCCUGUCGCCCGAACUCGCCGAGCACCGAGCACCGAGCCAGCCACCGGGCUUCCGCGACGGUCGAGCUCGAAAAGCGCCCGGGGUCCCCCCCGUCACGUCGGCCGAAUGCGUGUGUGUGCUUAAACAUAUUAUUCUCUGUAUCCAGCGUGUGUAAAAGUGCCUACCGCGGGCAGGUGUGACCGUUCUCGCUCCGCCGUCCCGGAGCGGACGCGUUCGUCACGACAGUUCUGCCCCCUGGAGCUAGACGCUAGGGUGAUGUCUGUGCAGCUGUGAAUGUCUGCAAUGUGUUGUUGAAUGAAGUGAAUUGUGCGUUAUAAUGUUGUACCUAAUAAAAGUCUUUUUUUCUAUAA